AUGUUGUACCAAUGUUUAGAGUGUGAUAAGACCUACAAGAAACCUUCACUUUUAGCGCAACAUGCCAGGUCACAUACCAACAACCGACCAUUUUCUUGCUUAUUGUGCAAGGAAACUUUUUUAAGGAAAGAUCACUUGAAAAGGCAUGCACUUAAGCACCUACCCAAUGACGAUAAACCUUUCCAGUGCAAACUUUGUAAAAAGGGAUUUAAUUUAUCCCAACAUCUUUCUCGCCAUGAAAAAACACAUGUACCAACGUUCCAGUGUACCUUUGCGGAUUGUAAUGAGACAUUCUCCUGGCCGCAAUCGCUUAAGGCUCAUAUUAAAUGGGUUCAUCACAAAGAUGAACAGAAAUGUCAUUUUUGCUCUAAGCGUUUUACUAGAAAAGACCGCCUAUCUCUGCAUGUUGAUCGACACCAUGGUGAUCAGGUUGUCAAUAGGUUUUCAUGUACUCAUCAGGGUUGCUUUCAGAGUUUUAAGGAUUGUCAUAAGUUGAGAGAGCAUGAAACUCAAGCACAUGGUGAUGAAACUUUCUCUUUUACAUUUUCGAAACCAUAUAGGUACUCAUGCCUACGGGAUCCUACAAAUAGCGAUGAAGUUCCACCAAUCAUGAAUGCUUGGCGUUGUCGUAAUUGUGACUCGAAUGUAUUCAGUGAAAAGGAACACCUAUUAAACCACUAUAAUAAAGUACACAAUUACGUACCAUACUGGUUAGCGGUCGAGGAUACGGCUGUGCUGGUGCCGACUCGGAGAAUUGUAGUUGGAAAGGAAUUCGCAUUUCCAGAAGAUGACAAAAUUACUGGGGAAAUAUUAACCCAGAGAAUGAAUCUGGAGGCACACAUAGUUCGUCAACACAGGUCUAAUCAGUUAAUGAACAUUACUUCUGGGAAUCAUCUUUCAACGCUGAUAGCAUCCAACUAUGACGUAAGGCCCAUACGAUGUACCUUUAAGCAUUGCAAUCGAUGUUUCAGGAGACAAUACGAUUUACGAAGACAUUUAAAAUGGCAUUACUAUUACAAAGAGAGGAUGGGAAUUUCUCUGGGCCAAGCGGAAAGUUCAUCGGAUACGGCGAAUAGUUGA